CUCAGUCGCGCACAUGCGUGUUUUAACGUGAUUUCUGCACAUCAUCAGCGCGACGGAGACCCGUUUAACACUCCACCGACACAUUUUAAAGAAGAAGUAACGUCUUUUUAACCAGACGUUUUUGUGAUCGCGUUUCUCCCGGUGUUUCUGCGCGCUGUUAUUGUGUGUUGAGAGAGUGUGGAGCGUGUUUGUCCGCUCUGCGCUGCUGUACUCCAGCGGGUGUGUGUGUGUGUGUAUGUGUGUGUUGAUGUGAUAUUAUGGCGGUCAAUCUGGAUAAAGACGCGUUUUACCGCCGCAUCAAGCGACUCUACGGGAACUGGAAGAAAGGUGAGGAUGAGUUCGGGAAGGUGGACGCCAUCGUGGUUUCUGUCGGAGUCGACGAGGAGAUCGUCUACGCCAAAUCCACAGCCCUUCAGACGUGGCUGUUCGGGUACGAGCUCACCGACACCAUCAUGGUGUUUUGCGAGACCAAGAUCCUCUUCCUGGCCAGUAAGAAGAAGGUGGAGUUCCUGAAGCAGGUCGCCGUCACGAAGGGCAACGAGAACGCCAACGGGGUUCCUCCGAUCACGCUGCUCGUCCGAGAGAAGAACGAGAGCAACAAGGUGAACUUCGAGAAGAUGGUGGAAGCCAUCCGCGGAAGUAGAGACGGCAAGACGGUCGGCGUGUUCAUGAAGGACAAGUUCCCCGGAGAGUACAUGAAGAGCUGGAGCGACAUGAUCACGGCCGAGGGCCUGCAGAGGGUGGACGUCAGCACGGCGGUGGCGUAUACGAUGGCGGUGAAGGAGGACGGAGAGCUGGCGCUCAUGAAGAAGGCGGCUGCCGUCACCAGCGACGUCUUCACCAAGUUCUUCAAGGAGCGUGUGAUGGAGAUCGUGGACGCCGACGAGAAAGUCAAGCACAGCCGUCUGGCCGAGUCGGUGGAGAAGGCCAUCGAGGACCGGAAGUUUCUGGGCGGCGUGGACCCGUCGACGGUGGAGAUGUGCUACCCUCCCAUCAUUCAGAGCGGCGGCAGCUACAGCCUGAAGUUCAGCGUGGUCAGCGAUAAGAACCACAUGCACUUCGGCGCCAUUACCUGCGCCAUGGGCAUCCGCUACAAGUCCUACUGCUCCAACCUGGUGCGCACGCUCAUGGUGGACCCGCCGCAGGAGAUGCAGGACAACUACAACUUCCUGCUGCAGGUGGAGGAGGAGCUUCUGAAGGAGAUGAAGCACGGAGUGAAGCUGUGUGACGCCUAUAACACCGUCCUGGAGUUCGUGGUGGUAAGCAAACUGACAAAAAACCUCGGGUUCGCUAUGGGCAUUGAGUUCAGAGAAGGAUCGCUCGUACUGAACGCCAAAAAUCAGUUCAAACUCAAGAGAGGGAUGGUGUUCAGCAUCAGUCUGGGAUUCGCUGACAUGAUCAACAAAGAGGGGAAGAAAGACGAGCAGAAAAAGUACGCCCUGUUCAUCGGAGACACCAUACAGAUCAAUGAGGAGGAUCAAGCCACCGUCCUCACACCCGUCAAGAAGAAGAUCAAAAACGUUGGCAUUUUCCUGAAGAACGACGAUGAAGAGGACGAGGAGGAAGAGGACGAUAAUGCCGAGGAGCUGCUGGGGAAAGGAGCUCGCAGCGCCGCCCUGCUGGCAGACAGAACCAGGAAUGAGAUGACGGCUGAGGAGAAGAGGCGGGCCCAUCAGAAAGAACUGGCCAAUCAGGUGAACGAGGAGGCCAAGCGGCGUCUGACGGAGCAGAAGGGAGGGCAGCAGAUACAGAAAGCCAGAAAGUCGAACGUGUCGUAUAAGAACGUGUCCCAGAUGCCCCGCGAGAAGGACAUCAGAGACAUGAAGAUCUUCAUCGAUAAGAAGUACGAGACGGUGGUCAUGCCUGUGUUCGGCAUCGCCACGCCGUUUCACAUCGCCACCAUCAAGAACAUCAGUAUGUCUGUGGAAGGAGAUUACACGUAUCUGAGGAUAAACUUCUUCGUGCCGGGCAGCUCGCUGGGACGCCACGACGGAAACAUCUUCCCAAACCCCGAGGCCACGUUUGUCAAAGAGAUUACGUACCGCGCGUCGAACCUCAAGUCGCCCGGCGAUCACUCCGUUCCCUCCACCAACCUGCAGAACGCCUUCCGCAUCAUCAAGGAGGUGCAGAAGCGCUACAAGACCCGCGAGGCGGAGGAGAAGGAGAAGGAGGGCAUCGUUAAACAGGACUCGCUCGUCAUCAACCUCAACCGCAGCAACCCCAAACUCAAAGACCUUUACAUCCGGCCCAACAUCGCACAGAAGAGGAUGCAGGGCUCGCUGGAGGCGCACACCAACGGUUUCCGUUUCACUUCAGUACGCGGCGAUAAAGUCGACAUCCUUUACAACAACAUCAAACAUGCCAUUUUCCAGCCCUGCGACGGAGAGAUGAUCAUCGUGCUGCACUUCCAUCUGAAGAACGCCAUCAUGUUCGGUAAGAAGCGCCACACGGACGUGCAGUUCUACACGGAAGUGGGCGAGAUCACCACAGACCUGGGCAAACACCAGCACAUGCACGACCGCGACGACCUCUACGCCGAGCAGAUGGAGCGAGAGAUGCGACACAAACUCAAAUCCGCCUUCAAGAACUUCAUCGAGAAGGUGGAGUCGCUCACCAAGGAGGAGCUGGAGUUUGAGGUUCCCUUCAGAGAUCUCGGGUUCCAGGGCGCCCCCUACAGGAGCACCUGCCUGCUGCAGCCCACGUCCAGCGCUCUGAGUAACGUCACGGAGUGGCCUCCGUUCGUGGUGACGCUCGACGAGGUGGAGUUGGUUCAUUUCGAGCGAGUCCAGUUUCACCUGAAGAACUUCGACGUGGUCAUCGUUUAUAAAGACUACAACAAGAAAGUGACGAUGAUCAACGCCGUGCCCGUCAACUCUCUGGACCCCAUCAAAGAGUGGCUCAACUCCUGUGAUAUCAAAUACACGGAGGGCGUCCAGUCUCUGAACUGGACCAAGAUCAUGAAGACCAUUGUGGACGAUCCCGAGGGCUUUUUCGAGCAGGGCGGCUGGUCCUUCCUCGAUCCGGAGAGUGAGGGAAGCGGCGGGGAGGACGAUUCAGAGUCUGAGAUGGAGGACGAGACCUUUAACCCCUCGGCUGAUGAGGAGGAGGAGGAAGAGGAGGACAGCGAUGAAGAUUACUCCUCAGAGACAGAGGACUCCGAUUACAGCGCGUCUCUGGGCAGCGAGGAGGAGAGCGGCAAAGACUGGGACGAACUGGAGGAGGAAGCCAGGAAAGCUGAUCGCGAGAGUCAGUAUGAGGAUACAGAGGAGACCACAAACAGGAAGAGGAAAGGCCGUUCGUCGGCUCCGCCUCCCAGCAGCAAGAAGAAGAGGCGACAUUAGAUAACACACACACUCACACACACACUGCCAAAUCAGUCUCCCACAGUCCUCUCUGACUGCCCCCCCCACACACACACGCACUGUGUUUGGUGUAAAUAGCGUCGGCCAGCGCUGAUGUGUGUAGAAUAGUGGUUUUCAUAUCGGCGGAUGGACGGAGCCCUCACUCGUCUGCAUUUGCUUUGGAUUUUCCUGUGUUGGGUUGAAUGGCAUCUCUCAGGUGUGUGUGUGUGUGUGUGUGUUUCUGAAGCAGUAGAUGUGACGUGGUGUUGGUGUUUUAUGAGCGUUACGUGACACUCAUCACUCAACUCUUCCGGCUCGUCUCUCUCUCUCGCGCCGCUCCUGUUCGUUUAUGAAUAGACACGUGGCAUUUGACGGCGAUGCGUUUUACGUUAGUACUUAAUGAUUCACUUUGUGCUUUUUCUGUUUUUCUAAUGUGAGGGGAUAUAAACACACACACACACACACACACAUUGUAAACAUACACUUUGUUCCAUUUAGUUCUUUUUUGCUCAUUCUGGAUUGGUAGUCUUGUAUUGUUCAAUCAAAAAUGCUUUUGUUUUUCUUUUUUAAAAUAAAGGUUAAGUGAAAUUUAAAA